AUGAAAGUUAUGGUGGUAAGAUUGUUGCGAAAGAUACAUCGCUUCGGAGGGCCCUGGCAAGCUUGCCAAAACUUAGCUCAGCAAUUCUGUUUCACUUCAUCAGCCGCAACCAUCUCUUUUGUUUCUUCUUUAAGCGGUUCGAUAACUUCCUCAGCAUCAGGUGGUAAGAUUGUUGCGAAAGAUACAUCGCUUCGGAGGGCCCUGGCAAGCUUGCCAAAACUUAGCUCAGCAAUUCUGUUUCACUUCAUCAGCCGCAACCAUCUCUUUUGUUUCUUCCUUAAGCGGUUCAAUAACUUCCUCAGCAUCAGCGCCAAGGCCGUCGGCAAAGACGGGAAUCGUUCCUUAAGGUCUCUCCCUUUCAUAGCGCCAAGGACGUCGGCAAAGACGGGAAUCGUUCUUCAAGGUCCCUCCCUUCCUCAGUGCCAAGGCCGUCGGCAAAGAAGGGAAUCGUUCUUCAAGGUCCCUCCCUUCGUCAGUUCCAAGCCCGCCGGCAAAGACGGGAAUCGUUCUUCAAGGUCCGUUUCGGCCGUCCUUCAGCUCGAAGGCCGUUCGGAGAAUUUUUCAAGUUCAAGGCCGUUCGGGAAAUAUUCAAGGUCAGCUCCCGGCCUUCCUUUAGAUCCAAGGCCGUUAGGAGAAUUUUUCAAGGUCAAGGCCGCUCGGAAAAUAUUCAAGGCAGCUCCCGGCCGUCCUUCAGCACGAAGGCCGUUCAGAGAUUUUUUUUCUAGGUCAAGGCCGUUCAGAGAAUGUUUUCUAGGUCAAGGCCGUUCAGAGAACUUUAUCUAG